ACUGUUGCCAUCUGGGGUUACCACCUUUCCUCUUGUACCCUUAUACAUGGUCCCUAUGGCCCGGAGUAAAUUGGAAGGGACACCAUACGCCUUGAGUAUCUUCAUCAUCACGCCUCUGUGUAUCGAGUCAAAUGCCUUUUUGAAAUCGAUGAUGCACAGUACCGCUGUCAGGUUGUUCUUCUUAACCUCCUCGAUGAUUCUCCUCAACGCCAAGAUCUGGGUCACAGUGGUGCUCUUCUCUCUCAAACCAUUUUGGUUCUCUCUCAGGUGGGGGUCGAUGGCGCUCCGUAUCCGGUUCAGUAUCAUGCGGUUGUACAUUUUUGCAAUGACACAAGUCAGACUUAUGCCACGGUAGUUGUCUGGCUUCGAGAGAUCUCCGGAUUUAGGCACUGGGAUGAUGUUAGAGAGAGACCACAUAUCAGGCUUGCUGUUUGUCAUAAGGACGCUGUUGCAAAACUCCAGGAUGAUGUCGUCGAGAUCACAGUUCUCCAGAGGGAGGGAUGCCGUCCGGCCCAGCGGCUGCUGUGACGUAAUCGGUCUACAAAUGCAGCCUCCGAAGGCUGCAGCCCCUGAAUUGAGACACAGCUCUAGCCUGGCACUCUUGGCUUGACAGGAAGUAGGGGGUAGGAAGUGGGAAAUGGUCCAUAUGGAGGCGAAGCACCUGUCCUUCCUGUGCCCCCUGUGGGACCUUAUUUCUGAAAAAAAUAUGUACAAUAGUCAACAGUGAGAGACAAAUCAUUUUGAUGAAUUGGGCCAUGAAUAUAAUAACAUAUAAUGUUUGUCAAUUUAAAAGAUAAUUUAAUUUCUCUAGUCAAGUGUGAAACUGCUCAGAGAACUAAAUAUCUUGUCUCGCACAAGAUACGUCACCAACGAGGCCAUUACCUUUUCUUGCUAGAUAGCCCCCAAUUUGGAGACAUGGCUAGUAUGAUCCAAAGAUUGUAGCUAUUGGAUGCAGAAAAAAUAAUCCCUCAAAAAAGGGGGUUUGGCUUUUUAACCAAAAGCAGGAAACAUGUGAUUACUUUCGUCUCAAAUUGCAUAAACAUAUAUUGCAAAGUAGAAAACAUGACAGGAUUCAAAACCCCUUUGGUAAAUGCUUAUCUGUUAUUUCAUACCAAAUUUAAGUAUACAUUUAAUCCUAAUGCAAACAUGAACAUAUACUCUGUAAUUAUCAUCCAUGAAUUAUGUUAGGAACGGACUUUAAUUCGGCACCUACCAAGACGCAGAACAGUAGUGUUUAAUAAAUUAAAUAAAACGUUUUUUUCUGUAAUGUAAGUAAGACAACAUAAAAACUGCACAUUUCUAAACGUAGUUUGGCAGGACGCUGUCAGCUCAGAGCAGGACGGUGGUUGGUUUGAAGGCGGAGGGAGGAGGAGUUUUUCUACUGGAAGUGCUCAGAGUUCUGUCUGAGAAGAGCCGUUUGAUUUAAAGGACAAGGUGGAGAAGAAAGAGCUGGGACUUGAAUCAUCAUGGCUCGGUACCUGAGCUAUUUCACCACUGUGGGCGAUGAGCAACCAGUUGACUUUGAGGAUGAAGAGCUGCACGUGACCAGCGAGGAGCUGAGCCCGGCCACUGGGCAGUUUCCAACAACAAUCAACUUCAGGGAUUCACUGCGAAUGCUCUACAGCUCCCAGCGCUUCCAGGUGUUUGUGGUGUGUUUGGUAAUCCUGGAUGCCAUCUUUGUUCUGGUGGAGCUGCUUAUAGAACUGUCGAUCAUCCAGCUGGGAAGUGGCCACCUUGCUUCUGAGGUGUUCCACUACCUGAGCUUGGCUCUUCUCACAUUCUUCAUCAUGGAGCUGCUUGGUAAGCUGUUUGCCUACCGUCUGGAGUUCUUUCAGCACAAGUUUGAGAUGUUUGAUGGUUUGGUGGUGGUGGUUUCCUUCGUGUUGGACAUUGUGUUCAUCUUCCAUGAAGACGCCUUCAAUGGGAUGGGUCUCCUCAUCCUACUGCGACUCUGGAGGGUGGCCAGAAUUAUCAACGGUAUCUUGGUGUCAGUGAAGACCCGUGCACACCAGAGGAUCCACAAGCUGAAGGAGAGCUAUGACCACCUCGUUCAAAAUGUCACAGAGCUACAGGAGCGCACUGAUAAACUGGUGAUUUCAUACACCUGCUUCAUACUAGACCACAAAGGUUCAGAUUUACUACGGAGAAGAAACUCUCGACAUGCACGGGCAGAUUAUUAUUAUAUUGAGGAAUUUAUAUCUGUGAAGUCCUCAGGGCCCCAGCUUGAGGAUAUUGAGACAUUUUGAGGUCAUUAGGCAACCUCAGGGGAUUUCAUUUCUUACAGUUAAAAACUUACAUAGUGAAUAUUUAAUCAGCUCACUCUCUUUAGUCUCAAAAUUUUUACAUUUGAAAAAUAAAAUGGCUUCAGAAUUUGAUUUCAUAUUUAUUUUAUGUUUAUUACAUCAUUUAUUUUUAUUUGUGUAGCCCUGGUAAUUGGUUUUAUCAGUUAUGAUGACAUUGUACUCACCAAAGUAAAUGCUGAGGUCUUAGAAUGUGGCUACAACACUAAAACUAGGUCCAACCAGGAACAAAGUUGAGCAGUCAGACGAUCAGACAGGUUGUGUACCUCACCAUAGCAAAGACAGAAACAGCAUAAUUGAAAUGAGGUCCAACAGCAGACUGACUCUUCUCUCUGUCGAUCUCCAUCUACUUUAGGAACAAGAGAACCAGAAACUUCAAGCCCUCCUAAAGAAGCACGGCAUAGACCUCUUCUAGCUCAUCAAGCUCACUGUUGUGGAGCUACUGUUCAAAAUAUAUAUAUAUAUAUAUAUAUAUAUAUAUAUAUAUAUAUUUUCAAAUUAUACAUUCCAUAAUACAUUUUCAUUUUAGACCUGAUCUACUUGUUUACAUAUUCUUAACUGUUACUACUUUACCUUAAUAGAAACCAUCUGUAUCAGUAGAUCCAUAUCCAGGAUUCUCGUCAUUAUAGUGAUGGAAACCAGAUAAAGGUCUGCAUGAAUCUAAUGAAUGUCAGAUAUUUUAAGAUGUAAUGCAGGAUAUUACUCUAUAAUGCCAAGGCUUUAAUUUCACACAUUUGAAACAUUCCUUAGACUGAUGACAUAAAACAGAUGAAGUGAUUUCAUUUAUUAAUACAAAACAUUUGUUCAAUAAACUCUUUACAAACA